CAAAACCAGAAACCCUAACGGUGCUAUUAAGACAUGAAGCUCAUCAAACCCUUCUUCCGAAUUACCUCCACGACGUUCCUCUUCGUCUCCACUUUCCUCCUCCUAUCCGCAGUCGCUCACUCUCUCUCCUCGUUCGUUCCUUUCGGAUGCCUCGCCAUUGUCGUCCUCUCGUGCUACUGCUACUCUCGCCCGACCCCGGUUUUCCUCAUCGGCUACUCGUGCUUCAAGCCGAGCUCCGACCGCAAGUGCACGUACGUAGCCUCGGAGAGCCUCGUGCGCAGGAGCCGGCGCUUCAGCCCCGAGAGCGAGGAGUUCAUGCGGAAGAUAUACCUCAAGUCGGGCCUCGGGGACGAGACGUACGGACCGCCCUUCAUGUUCCGAGCCGGCUACGAGGAGGCGAGGCUGGAGUCCGCCGUGCAGGAAGCCCGGGAAGGCAUCUUCUCGGCCGUCGACUCGCUCCUCGCGAAGACCGCCGUCCACCCGCUUGACAUCGACUUGCUGAUCGUCACGUGCGGGAGCUUCUCGCCCUCGCCGUCUCUCUCGUCACUUAUUGUGAAUCAUUGCAAACUCAGGCCCGACGUCAAGGUUUAUAACUUGAGCGGCAUGGGAUGUAGCUCCGGCGUGCUCUCUAUAGACCUGGCUGCGAAAAUCCUGCGUCACGGCGGAAAUGUCCGUUGUGCCCUAGUGGUGAUAACAGAGAGCAUCAGCCUGAACUGGUACUUUGGGGAUAACCGGUCGAUGCUCGUGACCAACUGCAUCUUCCGUGUCGGUUGUGCCGCCGCGUUGUUGACCAACGAUCCAGCUCGCCGCCCUGCAGCAAAGUUCGAGCUCGUUCGCUCGCUCAGGACUCACCACGGGGCAGACGACCGUGCUUACAGGGCCGCGUUCCAGGAAGAGGACGACGAGGGCAACACUGGGAUUGCGCUCACCAAGGAUUUGAUUCGCGCCGCCACGACUAACCUCGGUGAGCACAUCAAGAUACUCGCUCCCUGGGUCCUGCCACCAAGCCAGCUCGCCUCCUACGCCUGCUCAGCGCUUGUCUCGGCACUAUCCCGCAGGUAUGCGAAGCCUGCGGUGCCGGACUUCACGACGUCCUUCGAGCACAUUUGCAUACACACGGGCGGGAGGGCAGUGAUCGAGCAGGUGGGGCGGGUUCUGCAGCUGAGCGAGGAGGCCACUGAGCCGGCUCGGAUGAGCCUGCACCGGUUCGGCAACACGUCGAGCAGCCUCGUGUUCUACGAGCUGGCGUACCUAGAAGCGAAGAGGAGGAUCGAGAGAGGGGACAGAGUGUGGAUGCUGGCGUUCGGGACUGGAUUUAAGGUGGGAAGUUUGGUGUGGAGGUCGCUGAGGAGUUCAGGCGACGUAGAGGAGGAGGAUAAUCCGUGGAGCGAUUGCGUUUAUAGUUACCCAGUCAGCCAAGUGCCGGGUGAAAGUUAUCCUGUUGAUCUCCAUUCCAAGUCAUAAAUUGAGUGACUUUUUUUU